AUGUUGCACUGGUAUCAGUCGAGGCUCGCCUCCCACCCGGUGCUCACACAGAGCAUCACGACAGCGCUGCUGUUCGCCACGGGCGACACGACGGCGCAGCAGGUGGUGGAGCGGCGCGGGCUCGAGGGCCAUGACGCGGCGCGCACGGCGCGGAUGGCGCUUUACGGUGGGACGGUGUUUGGGCCGGCAGCAACGACGUGGUACCGGUUCCUGCAGAAGCGGGUGGUGCUGAGCACGCCGCGACGCACGAUGCUGGCGCAGGUGGCCUGCGACCAGGGCCUUUUUGCGCCCGUGUUCAUCAGCGUGUUCCUGUCGAGCAUGGCGGUGCUGGAGGGCUCGUCGCCGCGCGAGAAUCUAGACCGCAACUACCACAGCGCGCUGACGGCCAACUACGCCAUCUGGCCGGCCGUGCAGAUGAUCAACUUUUCGGUCGUGCCGCUGCACCACCGCGUGCUGUUUGUGAAUGUGGUGUCGAUCGGCUGGAACUCGUACCUGAGCUACCUAAACGCGAAGUGA